CGCUGUCCAGCCCAGAGCAGGUUGAAAGUAUCUAUCUUUACUCUUAUUUUAAUCAUCUCAUCUGUUAACCCCUUUGCUUUCUCAUCGUCUGCCUCCACAUCAGACACGAGCCAGGCUGGUUGUUUGGAGAUGAAGCUGUGUCUUCUUCUUGUCUUGUUUUGCCUCUGCUGUCCAGGACUGACUGAGGAGCCCAGUCCAGCAGCUCCUGAUGUCUCCGCUCCUGUAGACGUGGAGGAGGAGAUGGAGGAGGAGGUCCACAGCUGUGGGGGAGGGCGGGUGUUCAGCUCAGAGGAACACAGGGCGAUAGGGGGCGCCAUCGAGCGACUGGGUUUACAAUUCCUGGAAAAUCUCCCCAUCAGUCCACAGCAGCCGAAUGUCGUCCUAUCACCUCUCAGCCUGGCCCUCGCCCUCGCUCAGCUAACCUUAGGUGCUUGUAACGAGACAGAGCAGCUGCUGCUGAGGAGCCUUCAUGCCGUCAGUCUGCCAUGUUACCACCACAUACUGGGAGGCCUUGCGCAUCAUGUCAGCAACACGUCCCUGGAGGUGGCAGCUCGCAUGUACCUGAGACCAGGAUUUGAAGUGAAGUUGUCCUUUGUUGAGGACUCUCUGGCCAGGUACCAAUCGUCCCCCGUCCCUCUGGUCUCUGUGGAGGAGGUCAACCAGUGGGUGGAGAACGCCACCAAUGGACACAUCUCCAACUUCAUGGAAAGCAUUCCACAUGACGUGGUGCUUAUGCUUAUGAACGCUGUGUACUUCAAAGGUGAAUGGCAGACCCAGUUUGACCCCCUGGUGACCUCCAAAGGAAUGUUCUACCUAGAUAACCAGAACUCUGUGUUGGUGGACAUGAUGAAGUCUGCCCAGUACCCUCUCCGCCUGCUGAGCGAUCCAGAGCUGAAAGCACAGGUUGCCAGUCUUCCCUUCAAGGGAAACACCAGCUUCUUAAUCGUCAUGCCCUUUCCAGGCAGCGGAAACGUGUCAUCGGUCCUUCCCAAACUGAACAUCUCAGACCUUUACAGACGUUUACCUCAGCAGCAAACAAUGCAGGUCAGCUUACCCAAAGUGAAGCUGCAGUACAACCAGGAGCUCCAGGGAGCGCUGACCAGCAUGGGUCUCAGCUCUCUGUUUUCAGGUCCAAACCUUUCUGGGAUUUCCGACCACCCUCUGAGGGUCACAGGCGUCCGCCAUGCCAGCACCAUAGAACUCAGCGAGGAAGGCGUGGAGGCGUCCGCCACCACUGUUGUAACCUCCAUGCGUUCCACCUCUCUCUUCUCUGUCAACUCCCCUUUCCUCUUCGCCCUUGUUGAUGAUGCCUCCCUGGCCCCCCUCUUCAUGGGCAUUGUCACAAACCCAGCUCCCGACAAUGGCCCCAUGCUUAAUGAUGAUCCUAGCCACAACAGCACCAUGAGCGACCAGCCUGUGACAGAAAACGCCAGGAACAUAGACAUAAAUAGCGAACACAGGUCUUGCAACAUGACAGUGACGGCAAAAGACAGUAGCAUGCGGUCAUGUAGCGCCCCUGCUGGUGAGAGGGAGCAGCUGCAGAGUGUGAAUGGACUGGAGGGCAGCGGCAAGAAAAAGAAGAAGUAACACGGAGAAAAGAAUCUGCUCCAAACCAGACAACUCUGCACCUGCCUGAAGUUUUAAAUCUCAAAGGAUAGGUAGACAUUUUUGGAAAUACACUUGUUGGCUUAUUUGCUGAGACUUAUGGUCUUUACACACGGGGGCAUGACCAGUAAGGGUUGGGUAGGGAUGUCAUUAACCGCUGAGAAUAUUUUAUACCAGUUGCCCAUCGUGGUCCAUGGGUUAAUUUUUUUGCUGCAUCUCAGUUUAGUAGUAGCACAAUGCUGUUCUACUUUAAGAACAAAGCUAUAAGGGAAUUUAUGCUACACUGGUUAGCUAGCCUUUGCUGCUCUGCACUGUGUACAACCCAACUAGUUAGCUCAUUACCACUGGUAACUCUGUGCCGACCCAUGGUAGCGGGACACUGUUACUGCAGAAACAUUGUGCCCAUCCUCCGUUCUCCCCUCAGGUCACCCGGAUCUUUUUGCUGCAAUAACACAAGUGACCACUGGAAAAAUGUACAAGCAAGACUGGAUGGUGUCCCUGGGGGCCUGUUAGCACUGUUAGCAGCAUCAACACUGCUAGUGGUGCUAACAUACAUUAGUUAACAAUACUAAGGGGUUUUGCGACUCAGAAUAAAGGUGCUUGCUAACUAUGGCAACCUGGGCGAGCCGGAGGGUGGCUACCAUGUUUCUGCAGCAAUGCUGUCCCACCACCGUGUCUCAGGACAGCGUUACCAGCAGUAAUCACUGAAUGAGUGGUGCCGCUAGCUCCCACCUGACCUGGGUGGAGUGCAAUGCAGAGCAGCAAAGACUAACGUUAGCUAAUCAAUGGAGACUGGAAAUAUGAAGAUAAAGCUAGUUAGCUUAGCAUAGCAUGAUGACAGGAGACAGUGGGGCACAGCCAACUAGCUCUAUCCAAAGCUAGCAACUCUAUCAGCACCUCUAACGCUCGCUGACUGAUGUGUUUAAUGUGUAAAAAGAAAGUGAAGGAGCAUAUUUCCAAAAUUGUCAAACUUUUUCUUUUCAGUAGUUUCAGACGUGCAGCAGUGGACGAACACCUUGGUUUUGUGUUGCUCUAAAGGAACUGAAGUUCAACAUGAAAAAAUACAAAUGCACUAUAGUGAUUCUUACUGAGAGUUUUAGAAGUCAACAAACUGAAAUACUCUUUAAUCUCACUUCACAAAUGUAUCAGAUGGAUUUGUUUCAUUGAACUUGUCACGUUUCUGUUGUGAUCAAAAUACUGUUAAUACACUUCAUAAGGCCUAGUGAUGUGUUUCUAGACAGGUUUAACAUUUGAUUAAAGAAAGUACUGCGUUGUUUUUGUUCAGACGAAAACACAGACAAGUGGCUAAUUUUCACUCAGUCACCAGGAAGGAAAAUAUUGUCAUUGCACUGAUACCAAACCACAGAUACGUUACAUUUGUACAUUUCAUAUCAGAGUUUCUAAAGUGACGAAAUAUCUAAGCUGACUUUGUCAUCAGGAGGUGGAGGGGAUGGUGGCUGAUGGUGUGACACUUGAGAGACACCUGCUGAGCUGCAGACCACUGCUCAACACCAACAAACAACUAAACCUGUUGCUUUAAGCAAGACGUUGCUGCGUUUCCAGCAACUUACAUGUUUAUAGCAACCAGUUGCUGUGUUUCCAGCGGCGAUAGUGCCCCCAAAAGCAGGUAUUUUAAUCCAAAACAUGAUCUUUCUCUAACCAUAACCCAGUGGUUCUUAUGUCUAAACAUAACCACACAUUCACCAUGACAUUGUUGAAACAUAAUGUUCCAAAAUAUCUGCAACCUAAUAACGUACAAAUGUAACGAAUCCAUGAACGCACAAUGCCAGCAUUUUCACUGCCUCGUUCAGCUCGACUCACUUUUGGUACCAGGUACUUUUCUUAAUUCAGUUAAGUUUUACUGCAGAAAGUCACUGCAUCAAACUUACAGUUCUCAUAAACCAGCCAGUUUCCCUCCUUUAUCCAGUGUAGUCUGCGUUGCUGCAGCUUUAGUUUAGCCAGUUCUGUUCUUUGUCUUAUUUCCUCUGUUUCUCUUUGUCGUUAAAUUUUUUCAUGUUCAAACUGUAACAUUAAAAGUUCCUUUUGUUGUUCAAACGUUAAAGCAACAGAUUUUCCUGAUGGUGAACAGUUGCUUUCAGUUUUCUCUAUCAGGUAUUUUAAUUCCACAGUGCUUUAAGACUUGUUCCUUGGUACACUUUUCAAGUAACUGCCCAGAAGGAGACUGAAUAAACUCUCUACCAAAGAA